AUGUUCGUGGAGUUUGUACGCGGAGGACGAGUACGACGCGCUUGCUUCAUCAGGAACUCCGUCACGCGAGUACAGACAACCCCCAGUCGGACGGCAACCGCCAAGAAGCGUGGCGACCGCAGCCCAUCAUCUCCCGAAACAACUGCCAGCAAGAAGGCAAAACCAAACGAUGAUCCAAUGGGCGUUUUGUUAACAAUGGUUGGGUUGUUGGUAUCAGCUUGCAAGGCUGAAGCACUUAUCGUAAGCCAGAGCACGAAGCAGCUGCAAGGACGCGGGCUGAGCACCACAAAAUACCCGAUGGUAUACGAAAAUGCAUUACUGAGAUUGAAUGCGAAAUGGGCUUCAUCGCUAGCCCUAUCAAAGAGCGAUUACAGGGGGAUCUGGAAUUCUUUCUCGAAGAACGGAAGUGGAUCAUGGACCGCUUGCGUUCUCAAGACAUUUAGCGUCGAGUCUCGAAUGACAGAUCAAGCUCUUCAAGCUGGUUGAGCGAGUUGCAAAGCCUAAUGGUCAAUAAAUGCUCAGCAACUAGCGCAUCAUAUAGACCAAUUUCUUCGUAGUGAUUCUAGACCCCGAACACGUUGCCGACCACCACCGGCAGGAGCGCUUGGUGGAGGAGCAGCAGACGAUGUUGGCAGUGGAUUGGGGGUCGAGGCUAUGGAGCUUGUGUUGGGCACUGGCGUCGCUCUUACAGGGCUGGCGCUGGGCAUUGCCACAGAGGCUGCAGGUGCCUCUCCAGCCCCGCUGACGCGGUCUCCGUACAGCUGUCGUAUUUGGUUGCGUUCGCGCGCUUGCAUUUACUCCACCGUCGUUUAACACUUCUUCCGGUG